GCGAACUCUUGGCUUCGACCUCUUCCUCCCCGGCACUGCCUAAAGGUCGACUGGCGGCGGCCAGACUACAUUUCCCAUCGCGCCUUACGCGGCGCCGGCGCCUGCGCAGUGGCAAGUCGCACCUGAGGGAAAGAGGGGAGGAGGGAGCGGCCGCCAUCUUGCGUGAGGGAGCGACCGAGCCAGCCAGGAAGGGAGGAAGAAAGGAGGGAAGGAAGCAGCUUGUCAGCCGCCGACCCACCGGCACCGCCGCGGAGGAGCCGCCAUGAACCCCGAGUAUGACUACCUGUUCAAGCUGCUUCUGAUUGGCGACUCGGGCGUGGGGAAGUCGUGCCUCUUACUACGGUUUGCUGAUGACACCUACACGGAAAGCUACAUUAGCACCAUCGGGGUGGACUUCAAAAUCCGCACCAUUGAGCUGGAUGGCAAAACUAUCAAGCUGCAGAUUUGGGACACGGCCGGUCAGGAACGGUUUCGAACCAUCACCUCCAGCUACUACCGAGGGGCACACGGCAUCAUCGUGGUGUAUGAUGUAACGGAUCAGGAAUCCUAUAAUAACGUGAAACAGUGGCUGCAGGAAAUUGAGCGCUAUGCCAGCGAAAACGUCAACAAGCUCCUUGUGGGAAAUAAGUGCGAUUUGACCACAAAGAAAGUGGUGGACUACACAACGGCCAAGGAAUUUGCAGACUCACUUGGGAUCCCCUUCCUGGAGACCAGCGCCAAGAAUGCCACUAACGUGGAGCAGUCGUUCAUGACGAUGGCGGCCGAGAUCAAGAAGCGCAUGGGCCCCGGGGCCACGGCCGGUGGAGACAGGCCCAACCUGAAGAUUGACAGCACUCCGGUUAAACAAGGAGGCGGCAGCUGCUGCUGAGGAGGCAGAGGAGGAGGGACAUGAGGGUAGUGGGGGUGGGGGGUGGAGAGCCUGCUGUGGGGGGGCAGGCUGCCCCCUCCCUCCUGUCCAGCCCCCCCUCCUGCUUCUUCUCCUCUGAAGGGGGCUUUCCCGGAUGAUACCUCGCUGGAGGGGGACGGGGCCUCCCUCCCCCUUCCGGCUCAGCUGCUCCGAGGGCUGUGGAGCGACCGCGGUCUGGGUGUGUUUUUUUUGUCACUAAACUCUGUAGGGGAUUAUCAGGGGCGGGGUUGGGGGAGGCAGGGGGUUGGGCUGUGGGUGGGCUCUGUACAGGUUGAAAGCUUCCCUACAACUUGGGGAAGGGGGUGAUGACUUGGGACCCUCCUUCCCCCCCCCCCCGCAAAAUAGGCAAGGUCCAGGCAAAUGGUUCCCUUUGCUGGUUUUGGUUUGCUGCUCCCCUUUCCAUUCCUUCGCUCUUCUCUCCGUCCAUCUGUUGUCCCCUCCCAAAAGCAAAUCGUGUUUCUAAUCUUGGGGCAGAGCCUCCCUGCCUUUCCCUGUGGUCUCCCUUUGCCUCCUGCCCCGUGGAUCCUUCAGACUCUGCUAGGGAUAGGCCUGAGUUCCUGGGUCCUGUCCCUCUCACCGGCAUUUGACUGGUGCUGUAGCUGGCAAAGGGCUCUGAGGGGUGCAUCUCCUUCCCUCUUCUUCUUGACCCAUUUUGGGCAAGGCACUGAGGCCCACCACAUUCACUCCCCUGCAUGUGGCAGGCUGCUUUCUUUUCUGUUUUAUUUUUCCUAUGAUGGGGGUUGGCAUCCCUUGCUCACUUGCAGUUUUUCUACCAUGACAUCCUUCCCCCACCGGCCACUCUUCCUGAAACCUUUCCUCUCAGGGCACCCUGUCCCACAGCUCCUCUUCGUUAGCCGCCUUCCUCCUCCUCCUCGUUUUCCAGCCUGCUGUAGGAAGAGACAUCAUGCCAGCCUCUAGCGGGCAGAGAGACACGUCGUACUGCCUCCUUGGCCACUCCCGCUCCUGCUGCUGCCUCUGCCACCUCCCUUUGCCCAGUUGGUGGGUGGUGUGUUGUUGAUCUAAUUCACCUCCUUAAUUCUUCCGCAAGCCUGAACUGGGAGGAAGGCAGUGGGUGGCUGGGGGAGGACUUUCCCAUCUCCUGCAUUCCACAGUCAAUGAAUGUAUCUUUUGGACAACUGGGCAACUUCUGCGCUUUGCAAGUGGCUUCAGGUGCAGUCCAUGCAUCACCCCUGCUCGCCUGUGGCCAUCUUGGCACACUUCAGCCCUUGCCUUCCUCCCAUCCCACCCCCCUUGGUCCCUUUCUAGUGCUACCAGGCCACGUAACCGAUCCCUUUUUUCCUUUUCCUUCCUUCCCUGCAUCGAUGACCAAACGUGAGGCCCGUCCGUCUCCCAGUGCUGGGCCCUGGCUCCCAAGAAUGCCGUCCUGUCUCUUUUUGUUUUAGCAAAUGCACCAGGAAGCUGCAUUUUCCAAAUCGCUUCACUGCUCUGUUCAUCCCAUCGUUUCUUCCUCUCCCCCCAACCCCGGCCACUUUAUUUAAGGAAAAUCAGGGACCCCACUGGGCCAGGCAGUGGGCAGAAGGUUUUGUUUGUCAGCUCUUCCCCCCCCAAAAAAAAACAAGUGAAACUAAAAACACAAAUGAGAGGAAAAGAGGAAAAAAACCACAAAAUAAUAAAACAUAACCAGCCUCUGUGAAAUGAGGGGUUUUCAGG